UGCUUUCAUUCGCUAAAGCGCUACCUGCCCCCGCGGUCUGUUCAAGCGGAUCUUGCCUGGCUGCCUCGCUUCAAAGCCGGACACGCGGGGAGAGCAAUUUCGCGGUAACGGCUGUUCAAUCCGGGCGGCUUUGGGGGGAUUUUGUUCUCUCUACAUGAUCGAUCUUCGAGGCUUCUGAACUUCCUCCCGAAUCGCACGACAACAGAGGAACAGUCAAGCUGCCCCUCAUCGGUUUCGUGAUGAGCCGACGCUAUCUUUCUGUUCGUAAAUGGAUUUUGAUUUGUGUGUCAUCAGUAUGUAAAGUAGGGUUCUUACCACGACUUGCCAUUCCGUCUUUCAAGCCGCGGGACUGGAUCAUCUUCACUAUGUAACAGCGUAUAUCAGAACGUGCGUAGGCUUAACGUUUGUAGUUGUUAACUUUGGUAUCUAGCCUGCUAUUGCCUAAACCUCCGGAGAUUUUGUUCAGCGUCGUAUUUUUAUGUUCGCGCUUUCAGUGAUCACUAAGGAGAAUCUACAAAGUGUUCGUGCGUAUCUUUACGCCGCGGACUAUCUAUAGUUGUCUGCGUAGCCUUCGUUGCCUGUGUGUUUUCGUUUUCGGGAGUCUGGACUUACUAGAGAGGCAGCCGUGAGGAUUUCAUUGUACGGUGUCAUCAUACUGCACUAUACUAGGCGCUGCCUUGCUACCCAUUCCCGAAAAUGGGAGGUAUGCUGUCCAAACUGCAGGACCAAAUCGACAUGAGAACAAACGACGGACGGAGGAGACGAGAGAAGCGGCACCUGGUGGAACAUCUCACCCGCAUCACCAACUUCAGGGAGUCGGAAGUCAAGAAAUGGUACCGACUGUUCUUCACCGACUGUCCGGACGGCAUCCUGACCGAGGAGAAAUUCGUGCACUUCUACGUGGCGUACUUUUCCUCGGGAGACCGCGGGAGGAAGACGGCGAUGGCCAAGCGGAUAUUCCGCGCGUUCGACAGGGACGGUAGCGGGACUGUGGACUUCAAGGAGUACCUCACGGGCAUGAGCGCGCUACUGAGGGGCUCGGUAGUGGAGAAACUGAAGUGGGCGUUCAACAUGUACGAUCUGGAUGGUAAUGGAGAGAUAUCCCGAGUGGAAUUGUAUAACGUACUCAAGCUGGUGAUCGAGCUCCGGUCACCGGAGGCGACGUGCCAGGAUCUGGACGACUUGGAACCGGCUCUGGAGGAGAUGGUAGACCGCAUCUUUCAGGAUUUGGACAAGGACAGGGACGGUAAACUUCAGAUGCGCGAGUUCGUGGAAGGCAUCAGAAGGAACCCGAACUUGCUGACGCUUCAGCAGGACGAGAUGCCGCGCGGCACGACGGUCGCGAUCCAACACCUGCACUGCCCGCCGGGACACAUGGGUUUGAGUUCGGAAUCCUCCGACAGCGAGUGAGCUGCAGUGCCAACUGUUGACGCAUGGUGGCGUGCGUGAUCGGUGGCAGAUAACACCAGGGUGAGUCGUGUCGGUAGAACCGUCGCCGGUCAUUGGUGCGUUUUAUAGCGGCCACCGCUUAUGAGAAAGCGAUUGAACUUGAACAUUCAAAAUCCAAAAUCAACGUUUAUCAUCAAAGUGCAGUUCUUUGUCUCGUGGGAGUAUUGCACACAUACUGCCUUUCAAAAGUGUGCGCUACGAAUCCUGACAUUUAACAUCUGUCGAUGUGGCCUUUCGAAUUCCAGACUAUGUGGGUAAUCUGAUCUAUCGUUUUGACAAAAGUGGACGUAUGUUUCAUCAAAUAUUUCAGACAAAUAUAUAUGU